CGAGAGGACUAAAAAUUGUAUCUUUCUUGCUAUAUGACUUUAAAGCUUGUUAUCACUACUGUUACCUGCACACCCUAUAGAAGAAGCCCUGUGAGCUAACACAUGCCAGUUUGGAAACUUCAAAUGACGUUGCGAAGAAAAUUGCAGAUUAGUGCUAUAUUCCUUCUAGGCGCAAUGACGGUCGGUGCCAGUAUUGCGAGAACGGUUAUCCAAUAUGGCGUUGCUAGAGAAUGUAUGCUCAUUCCCUCCCAAGUGAACGAUUUAAUGGUGACACUUUUUAAUCUCUGUCUAACAGUUGAUUCGCACAAUUUGGAUAAAACAUAUUACCUUGCCCCUAUUGUCUACUGGCCAUUGAUCGAGGCAGCACUAGGAAUUGUAGCAGGAUGCCUGCCACUACUUCGCCCUAUUGGUCAAAUAUAUUCUGUCAGGAAUCUGGUCCUUGUCUCGAGUAAGGCACUGUCUACUAUUUUUACAGCAUCUAGCCGAAGCAGUCGAAAAUCAAGUCGUGGAUAUGCAAGUAAUUCGGAGACGGGGAGCAGCCCACCCACUAGACGCGAAGAUACUUCACAGAGCGACAAGUGGCUCAGGCCGUACAACCUCUCAAUCCUCCAGCAGACUAUCGACAAUGAAAGCCAAGUUGAAUCUCACCCGAUGUCCGCCGCUUCUGAUGAAGAGGCUGCGAGUGACGAUAUCAAGUGUGAAAGAGGGUAUCAAGUAAACUACGAAGUCAAAGAAAAGACGGAUUCGAACCUCUGA